CGUGCAAUACAAAUUAGUCACCCAUGGCUUUGGUUAUGGAACCUAUCAGCAAGUGGACGCCCAAGCAAGUGGUGGACUGGAUGAAAGGACUUGAUGACUGUCUCCAGCAAUAUAUAAAAAACUUUGAGAGGGAAAAGAUCAACGGUGAACAGCUUUUACAUAUUACACAUCAAGAGCUUGAGGAAUUAGGUGUGACUCGCAUUGGCCACCAAGAACUCAUUUUGGAAGCAGUUGAUCUGCUUUGUGCAUUGAACUAUGGAUUAGAGACAGAGAACCUCAGAACACUUUCCCACAAGCUGAAUGCCUCAGCCAAAAACUUACAGAAUUUUAUAACGGGUAGACGGAGGAGUGGCCACUACGAUGGCAGGGCCUCUAGAAGGCUCCCCAAUGACUUCCUUACCUCUGUGGUUGACCUUAUUGGUGCUGCCAAGAGCUUAUUGGCCUGGCUAGACAGGUCUCCAUUUGUCAGUGUGACAGAAUAUUCACUUCUGAAAAACAACAUUGUUCAGCUGUGCCUGGAACUAACAACCAUUGUGCAACAGGAUUGCACAGUUUAUGAAACUGAAAAUAAGAUUCUACAUGUGUGUAAAACAUUGUCUGGGAUCUGUGAUCACAUCAUCUCACUUUCAUCAGACUCCCUGGUGUCACAGUCUGCACAUCUUGAAGUCGUCCAUCUGACAAACAUCAUGCCUAGUGAGGGCUUGGGUAUGUACAUCAAGUCUACCUAUGAUGGCCUGCACGUCAUCACAGGAACAACAGAAAAUUCUCCAGCAGACCAAUGCAAGAAGAUUCAUGCAGGAGAUGAAGUCAUUCAAGUCAACCAUCAAACUGUGGUGGGGUGGCAGCUGAAGAAUCUUGUAAACGCCCUCCGAGAGGAUCCAAAUGGGGUCAUACUGACUUUGAAAAAACGUCCACAAAAUACACUUACUUCUGCCCCUGCUUUGCUGAAGAAUGUGAGAUGGAAGCCCCUUGCACUGCAGCCAGUUAUUCCAACAAGCCCUACAAGCAACUCCACAACACCAACAAGCACCAUUGGCAUGUCAUCAAAGUAUGACAGCUCAACACUCCACGAUGUCUUUAUUUUAUCUCCCCUUUCAGGAAUCUAUGGUCCCAGGGAUGAAAUGGGGAUUUUGCCGUGUGAAGACAUUGGCAAGUACGGGAUGGGAAAACCUGGCAUCAAAGGCUCCGAGUCUUCCAGCUACUUUCUCGACCAUGAAAGUGGGAAAUACUAUACACUAAUUGAAGGUGAAGGAUUGCCCAUGACUUCUGAGUAUGAAAGAGGGAGAGCAACAGGAGUCCGAAGAAGAGAGAAAACACCGACUCACGGUGACUUGAGGCCUGUAUCCAUGCCAACAGAGUACAGUUGGUUGGGAGAAUCCAAGGAGCCCAACAUGUAUAAAAGAGGUAGCAGAGACUCAGACAAUUCACUUCUACGAUACCUGAGUGAUGAUAAGAUCCUGAUUAUUCAAGAGGAGCCUGUGACACAGAGGGAUAGCAAAAGAGACACAGGCAGAAGAUCCAGAAAGAAGAGUAAGAACCCAGGAAGCCCCAGUUACCCUAUUAGUCCUUCCGUGCUGGCAACUACUGUGCGACUUGAUCCUGCUUCACAAGACAUCUUAAAUUUUCCAUUGCCUGAAAGCAACACUGUGCCUCUCUACCAUCGAGCAGGGGAUUCUAUUGUUGGGGAAACAGAAAGGUAUGCGAGUGCUGGUGUUGACAGACAAGGAGGCACAUCAAUGAGGAAGUCUUUUCAUUACGCUUCUCUGAGGUCUAAAACCAAAAAGAGAACCAAAGGUUCUUUGACCAGUGGAAGCAGAAGGCGGAUUUCCUGCAAGGACUUAGGCCACGGGGAUUGUGAGGGUUGGUUGUGGAAGAAAAAAGAUGCCAAAGGAUACUUCACUCAGAAAUGGAAAAAAUAUUGGUUUAUUCUGAAGGAAGCAUCGCUUUAUUGGUACACAAACCAAAAUGAUGAAAAGGCUGAAGGGUUUAUCAGCUUGCCUGAGUUUAGGAUAGACAGAGCUGUUGAAUGCAGAAGGAAACAUGCAUUCAAGGCUUGCCAUCCCAAAAUUAAGAGCUUCUACUUUGCAACUGACGGCUUGGAAGAAAUGAAUAGGUGGAUGAAUCGACUGGGAUUAGCAGCUAUUGGAUAUGCACCUGAUGAUAAGGUGACCAGGCCGGAUGAAGAUUACUGGAGUGAAAGUGAUCAAGAGGAUGCAGAGAUGUCCUUAACUUUGAAGCAGGAGGGCCCUUCAUCCCUAUGUGAUACAUAUCCCCGAACACCAUCAGUCAAUUCUUCAAGUCCUUUCCCUGAACCCAAGCAUGGACGGCAUUUUUCAAGUGAGUCAACAUAUUCCCAUUCAUCCGCUGAGGAUUCAAGGCACGACAUGUCAGGAAGUACACAUUCGUCUGGCUGUAGGUCAUCGUACAGAGAGAGACGAUCUUGGCAGGAUCUGAUUGAAACGCCUCUCACCAGUUCAGGGUUGCACUUCCUGCAGACUAUCCCUCCAGAAACAGAUUACAUGGCUGGUAGAUCAGGACUGAUGUCACCUGAAAGAAGGCGGCAAGCAACAUUGCCUGUUCAGAGACGUCACCACCAUGACCGCGAUGGGCCUUUUCCAUUAGUGGAAUGUGACAGAGGAUCUGGAUAUCACAGUAGAGGAUGCAAGCAGCGCAGCCAGAGCUUACCGAGGAAUAGGGAUGUUAGAAUCAAAGGCCACACGCUGCCUCCCGGACCGUCUGAGGAAAAGUCAGAGGAUGAUGAGAUCCAAGGUGUCAAACAAAAUGGUGCAAGCAAACGAGAAAACACAAUAGAAAACAGACAUUCUACAGAUGGUCUUCAGGAGUUGUACAAGUCCCUGGAGCAGGCCAGUCUCUCUGCAAUAGGAGAGCAGCGUCCUUCCACUAAGCAAGAAUUCAGAAGGUCAUUUAUAAAAAGAUGUAAUGAUCCAGUCAUCAAUGAAAAAUUACACCACAUUAGGGUGCUUAAGAGUACUCUAAAGGCAAAAGAAGGGGACCUGGCAAUUAUUAACCAGAUUCUUGAAGAUCCAAGGCUGACAUCUAAAAAGUUUAAGGAGUGGAAGAGAAUGAAUCAUGAGUUUUUCUUGGACAUUUGUGGAUAUAGUGCUGUUAUGAAACCACAGAACGGUGCAUCUGAACUGGGAUCACCAUCACCUCUUCUGGCACAUACACACUCAUUCAUUGAAACACACGUGUGAAGCAGUUUGCAACUGGAGCACACAUCCCAGCAGACAGCAGCAUCUCAACUGUAAUUCUCAUCAGGCAACAAAAAAAUGUUUAGCAUACACUGUAUAUUUGUACAUAAUGUAUUCAACAGUAUUCUUGUACAUAAAUUGGAUAAAAAAAUAGUGCCACAGGAUGCCUAAUAUGUGCAUGAGAUAAAGUCUGUAUUCUGUUCUUUCAACAAUCUUUUAUUUUCUGUUGUCAAACACUGUGUGCUUUAAAAUCUUGCAUUUGAAAAGAGAGGCAGUGCAGAAGAUAGUAUUUAUGAAGAUAUAAGUACACACAUACUGUAUAUGUUGUACUAAAAAGCUAAGCU